AAACAGGUUUUUCAAAAAUAUUGCAAAUAACCCCUGCAAUUUAACAAAAUCUUAGGUAUAGUAAAAAUUUUAGGUAUAGGAACAUUAGAUCAUUCACUACUUAUUUUUUAAUUUUAAUUCCGAUUCUCCCGGAAAAAUGUUUACAUGGCCGACAUAGGAAAUGCUGAAGAGGCCCGUCCUUAAUUAGAGUAGUCCAUGAGAUUUACAUAUUAAUAACUAGUCAAAAUUGAGUGAAUCUUUCUUCAUGUUAAUUAAUUCAGACUCAUUAUUAUACAAGUCAUAUUUUUAUUGUUAAUUGUAUUGUAAAUGGGGUAUGGGGAAGAGACCACAUUUAAUCUGUAACUACUUUCUCCAAAACGUUCGUUUACAGACAGGACAGGAUUGGUAUCUUUGAUACAAUUCGUAUUGAUCCUUAUGCAUCAAUAGAAUAACUGGCGAUCGAAGUUGAUGGACGGCUGCCGAGAUUUGGGUGUGAUUUGACUUGGCCAGAACUGACAGAUCUGUCAACGUGUCGUCAGGGAGACAGAGCACAAAAAUGGCUGGCAACUUCAUGUCUUCCAGGUUCCUUCGUCGUCCCCGGUCAUCCCUUUUCGGUGACCCGAUUGCUGAAUUGACAUUGUCCUUUGAACAAAAUGAAUCCAUGGUCGACCCUUGAAUUUUUUAAAUGGAGAGCUUAUUCAUUUAUGAGAUCUGCCUUCCUGUGGCAGUGCAACUCCUUGAACUCAUCGAUGCUCGUCGAUGCCAACAUCUGUGUGACAAUCACAGUUGUAUUGAAUUGCCAAUAUAUAAAGUCAAAGGGUGAUUGUACCAGAAUUGCUCUUACACUUGCGACUUUGGCUGGGAAAGGAUCCCAUAUCAGUUGGGCAACCGUAACCUCUUGUUGUAUUGCAGUCGUUGGCGUUUUGAAAAAUAUGGGAACCCAGACUUGGGUGAUGCGUGUGUUAAUUAGCGUUUAUUUUCUUUGUCAACCUUUCUUAUCGUUGGAAUAUUCUACCCCACCUGCAGUGGCCAUCAGGGCGACUCCGCACAACAAAAUCCAACUCUUAUUCGCCGCAUCUGAGUUCCCCACAGCAUUGAAAAUUCAGCGGAAUGCGACUGGCCACUUGGUCAGGUUGGAAGGUGCUUCAGCAUUGGUACUGGACUGGUUGUCUCUUCGACAUAAAUUCAAUUACUCUAUCUUGGACAUCAACGGCCCUCCACGUCCGAUUCAAACCCUUGAACCUGCUGGACCAAACAAUCCAGGGCUCAUCAGCUACGUAGUUAGAGGGGAAUGUGACGGGAUUCUCGCCAUCAUCAACGCGACACCGGACCGUUCACGCCGUCUGGAACUUGUCCAGCAAUGGUUCUACACGCCGAUUGCCUUUCUGAUUCCAACCCCUGAAGUUUCGCAAAUGAACGUCGAUGCCGUGAUUAAACCAUUUCAGUUAUGGGUGUGGGUGAUGUUAUUUGUAUCUGCCGCCUCCGUCAUCAUCGCAUUGCUGUACUUCAAUUGCCUCAUUCUCAAAAAGGAGAUGAAAUUCUCCGCUGCUGAUGACGAAGAAAAGAUGUCAAUCGUAUCUCCUAUCCGCACCUCUGAGAGCAUUUACAUGUAUGUAGCGGGGACGCUAUUGAAUCAAGGUGGAUACAUUUCCAGCACAUUGACAACCAUCCGGCUAGUGGUGGGGGCCUGGUGCCUACUGACCUUUGUACUUCUCAACGUCUACAACGGCAUUUUGAUCUCUUACGUCACCGCUACCCGACACGCUCGUCCGCUCAUUAACUCUGUCGACGAUGUCCUAGCCGAUCCCAACAUUUACUUGAUCCUGAAUAAGGGUUUAGGUGCAGACAUUGUAUUUUCAUCCGCCGAGAAGGGAUUGUUCAAGGCGAUGGGCGACAAACUGCGAUCCUAUCCCCACUCGAGAUGCAACUCGACACAGCAAUGCGUCGACAUGAUCAAAACCACACCCCAUCGGCACGUCUACUUGCACGGUUCGGUGGUUUUAAAAGCUGAAAUCCAAAGGGACUACAAGAAAACUGGGCAGUGCCAAUUGACUAUAGCCGCAACAAUGCAGGACGGAUUGGGUCUCGGUUGGGGACUAGCCAAAAACAGUCCUCACUUGGAGAAAUUCAAUCAAGGGACUUUGGAACUUCUUGAAAAUGGACUCAUAUCUUCGUGGUUGACUCGGUUGGAGCCCAACACUCGGCCUUGUUGGAAUAACGACAAGGGCAAUAGCAACGCCAAUAAGAGCGACAAAAAGCCGCUGGUACGAUUGACGCUGAUGAACUUGACGGGAGCAUUUCUUGUUUUGGCGGUUGGAUCUCUAGUGUCCGUGUUGGCGUUCCUGACUGAAGGGAUUCUUUCUCAUUAUUGGAAAAGGCAUCAGCAGAUGACCAGCAUUGCAUAAAAGUCUUACAAAGGAAAAUGAUAGUGCUGGCCACUGCAUAGCAUUUAUUAGUUCGUUACCGCUCCGACACCAAACUCACUAUACUCUGUUGCUGACACAAUUAAACAAAGAUAUAAUUAUA